AUGCCAGGGUUAGGGUUAGGGCUAACACCCGUGGCUGUCCACAAGACGGCACUAGUUCCAGUUCACUGGCAGGAAAAGUGUAUGCUGACCUGGAGAGAGAUGUUCGCAUUGGCGGUCUCUACACCCACAACAUGGUGUUCAAUGAUGGUUGUCACCGGCAAGGCUGGUGGUACCCCCAGAAGGACAGUAGACUUGCAACCACAAAAUCGAUGUUCCGUUCGCCAAACUCACCAUGUUCCAAGCCCUUUUCACCUUGCAGACCACGUUCCUCAGGGAACAAAGAAAACAGUGACAGAUGCCUGGAAUAGAUACCAUUCUGUGGCGAUACGUGAAGAAUACAGACAUUUCACAACAUGUAUUACCCCAUGGGGACGCUACAGGUACAAGGUAACUCCACAGGGAUUCUUGGCCAGCGGUGAUGCGUACACCCAGCGCUUUGAUGACAUCAUUGCUGACUUCCAAAACAAGGUCAAAUGUGUAGAUGAAAUAUGUAUGUGGGCAAAUUCCAGUUCCAAAUUUCAGGCCUGUACAUGGUUUGAUAUUUGUGUACGCAACAGCAUUACAUUAAAUCCAAAGAAGUUUCAAUUUGUACAGGAUGUUGAUUUUGCGGGGCCCACAAUCACUUCAACUAAUAAACGACCCAGUGCCAAGUUCCUUGAUGCCACCAGGAACUUCCCCACUCCCACUGAUAUUACUGUAGCGAGAGCCAUGUUCGGACUUAUAAACCAGGGUACAUUGACAUUUGCCUUGACACAACAAAUGAAGCCUUUCCGUGCACUUUUGAAACCAUCAACACCAUUCAUUUGGACAGAUGAAUUGGACAAGGUCUUCCACCAGUCCAAGGAAAUUACCAUAGAGAAAAUGAAAGACGGUGUGCGGCUAUUUGACCUUGAUCGACCGACCUGCCUUCCCACUGAUUGGUCUGUUGAUGGCAUUGGCUUCUGCAUGAUGCAGAAGUAUUGCCAAUGUGUGCUGAAGACUCCUGCUUGUUACAAUGAUGGGUGGAAGUUAUGUUUAGUUGGAAGCAGGUUUACACAUCCAACUGAAAGCAGGAAGAACUUGGGCCCAAAUGCAGCCUCCAGACACCCAAACGGUCAACCAAGUCGCCUUCCACUACCAGGAGAACCGCCAGAGCUUCUCAUUGAUCAUCUCAACACGAUGGUAUCUCGUCAAGACAAUCUGGCAAGCCUGAAAUCUGUCAGCACAGUGGUCACAUGGGAUAUGGUUCGCGAGGCCACAGCAUCAAACGCAACACUCCUUAACCUAAUACAUCACUUGGAAACAGGGUUUCCUGAUGACAUCAGAGAGCUGUCUGCAGCGUUACGGCCUUUCCUUCGUUAUGCAGCUAGUCUGUUUGUUGUGGACGAUGUAGUACUCUUGGGCCAACGAAUUAUCAUCCCACCUGUCCUUCGUACAUCAAUCCUCAAUGCAUUCCAUGCUGUCCACCAAAGUGUCAGCGCAAUGCGUGCACGGGCCAUGGACUCUGUAUAUUGGCCUGACAUCACUGUUGACAUUGCUAGAGUGAGAGACCAGUUUGCAACCUCCAUCCGAUAUUACACCCCCAGACUACCCUUUCCAAAUAAUCUGCAGUGA